UCGCCAUGCGCAGCGGCGCCGCGAGCAGGCUAAGGACUGGUGCUGCAAGUACUGCAUCCACCCGAUCUCGCAGAACCAGUGGUGGAAUCGGUCCGACACGGUGUCGUGCACCAAGUGCGGGUCGGCCAAGGCCGUGGCAUUCAUGUGUGUUCGCCCGCCGCCUGGACCGUCCACCAAGCGUGCCAAGCCGCCAGCUGCGAACUCAGGCAGCGGCUCUGCUGCGGUGCCGCCGUGGGUUAACGACAAGCUGGAGGCCCUGGCAAAGGAGUUGGCCAGCACCAAGGCCAAGCUGGCUGAGACCACCAGCAAGCAGCACGCGCCGUCCAUGGAGGUCGACGAGGGCGCAGAGCACUGUGAGGGCCAGGGUGACUCCUUGGACCAGAAGAGGGCGCGCCUUGAGGAGGUCGACGCUGCGCUGCGGGCCAUCGCCGGCUCCAGCGAGGUCCUGUUCGAGACGGCUCGGGUCGAGCUGGAGGACACUCGCAAGAAGCUCAGCGCGGAGCUGGCAGCUGCGAAGCCCGUCCCAGCGCAGCUGCGCACCCUGUCCUUCAAGCUGGGCAAGCUCGAGCAGAAGCGCGCCAAGCAGGAGGAGGCCCUGCAGGCAGCCAAGGACAAGGUCGUGCAGGCCAACAAGGAGGUGGAUGAGGCCACGCAGCAGCUCGCCGAGUCCGACGCGGCGAUCUUGGAGCUCCAGCAGGAGCAGACGCGGCUCGCCGCCACGCUCCCUCGUCCACCAGCUGGAGGCGUCUCGCCAAAGGCUGACAUCGUCGAGGGGCUCGGCGUCACCAUCGAGAAGCUGGGCGCGAUGUUGGCGGAGCUCGGCGACAGCGGGGUGCUCGCGGAGAAGCUUGGCACGGUGCUGGGCGAGGUCCGUGAGUACGAGCAGCGUAAGGUCGAGGCCGCAGCGCAGGAGGCCAAGGCUGCGGCCGAGGCAAGGGCGACCCAGGCCAAGGCUGAGCCUGUGCCCAGCCAGGGCGCCAAGGGGUCGGAGGCAGGCCCAGACCUCCCAGACCCCGACACGGCGACCGAGGAGGAGCUGCGCGAGUUCCUCUCCAGCUCGGGCGUGGACCCGUCCCAGGAGUGCGAGGAGCUCCGCGGCCAGGUGCGCAAGAUCACCGACGCGCUGGGCGGCUGGCGCGAGGUCAAGAGGGCCAAGGCCAGCGCUGCCCGCAGCAUGCGGAGGGCCCAGCUGCUGGAGCGCGUUGGAGCGCGCGAGCAGGCCUUGACUAAGGCGAGAGCGCGCCAGCGCCGAGGCAAGGCCUCCAGCAAG